CAUAUAUUGUCAAUAUAUUCUCGUCAUAGCGACUGUUAUGCUAUACAGGCUAUUAAGAGGCUUGAACAGGGGUGAGCUCGAGGCUCACGAGGAGGGCUAGCUAUUUUGUCGCAUUCGUUCUGCAGCUUGAAACAGGAGCCUGCUAAUAACUUCCAAUACUCCAGGUAUCUUUGACCUUGCAUUCCUCGGUGAGCAGGUUGAUCACCUCGACAGAGGUGGAUGUUCCCACAAUGACACGCUCCCACAAAAUGAACGACCGUGACUAUUCUGGACUCCAUGAUAGAGUAGCUUUGCCUGAGGAGCAUAUUCCUCGCUACUUUGCAAAAUCUGGUCCUGUUGAUACUGAUCCUCGGAAGACCAAGAAAGAUGGAGGGGGAAAGAGAAACUGGGGUCGAUCGGGCGAUGAAGUCCACGACUAUGAGUACACCUUUACAAAUGCCCGGCGCCAUUCUAAUAGCAGCACCCAAGGCAUAGCGGAUUUUAAAACCAAGUUCGAGACAGCUGACCAAGAGCCAGUAUUUGAGGAGAGUGUACAUGGGCCACAGGAUGAUGAUAGUCCACUGGAUGGGAGCCAAGUUACCAAAACUGACAGUGCCAUUACUAGUGGUACUCGUGAUGGUAUCAGUAAGUCACUGAGGUAGGGCAUGGACCUGGAUACCGUUUCUGCAUAUUCCUGCAAAUGUGGAUAGAGAUAUCUACUAGAGUCCCAUAAUUUUAAGAGCUCUUUCAUUGGUAUGAAG